GCGGGGCCACGACGACGACGACGACCCUGAGGAGAAAGAAGGCGGCGCUCGGCUGCCCUCGCUUCCUUCCUUCCCUCCCUCCUCCAGGCCCGCUGGGGGGAUGAUGGCGGAGCCCCUGCGGUCCCGGCUCGCCCGCAGCCGCUUCUGGGGCGGCUUUGUGUGCGGGGCGGCCCUGGGCGUCGCGGCCUCCGGGCUGGUCGCCGCGCGGCUCCGGGAAGACCCCCCGCCCCCAGGCAGCCCUUCCGAGCCCAGGGGAGAGGAACCAGCCACAGAAUCUGUGCUGGGAAAGUAUGGAUUUCCUGUGGAUGGAACACAGAACAGAUAUUACACCAACCACGUGCUGUCUUACGACCAAGCAAAACGGGUCCCUAGGUGGGUGAUUGAACAUAUCUCCAAACUCAAGACAGUGGGCAAUGCAGACAGGAAACACUGUAAAUUUAGACCGGAUCCUGGCAUCCCUCCACUCUUCAGUGCCAUGAAUGAAGACUACGUUGGGAGUGGUUGGUCACGAGGCCAUAUGGCACCAGCAGGAGAUAACAAAUACUCUCCAAAAGCCAUGGCAGAAACAUUUUAUCUCUCCAACAUCGUACCUCAAAAUUAUGAGAAUAAUGCCGGAUUCUGGAACAGAAUGGAAAUGUAUUGCCGCGAACUGACAGAGAGAUUUGAAGACGUGUGGAUUGUGUCGGGACCUUUGACGUUACCUCAGAGUGAUGAGGAUGGGAAGAAAAGAGUCAUCUAUCAGGUAAUUGGAAAAGACGACGUGGCUGUUCCUUCACAUCUGUACAAAGUGAUUCUCGCCAGGAGAAGCGCAGCGUUCCCCAGUCCUCUAGGGCUCGGGGCCUUCGUCGUACCCAACGAUCCCAUCAGUUUUGAUCAUCAGCUGCCAGAAUUCCAAGUUGGCAUUGAAGAGCUGGAGAAAAUGUCGGGCCUUGUUUUCUUCCCGCAAGUGAAUAAAGACAAGGACGUCAGGAAUAUCUGUGAGAUCGACACGUGCAAACUGAUGAGCUUGGAAGAAUUCACUUUGUACAUUACCGCACGGAAGCUGCAGAGCGCUCGGACGCUAGAAAGGUUGGGGAAGAUCAUGUCAGAGCUACAGGAGAAAGGGAUCCAGCCGGAUGAAUAUCUUUUGAAGGUUUACAAGAAGAAAGAAGAGGAAUUAGUGGUACAGAAAACGAUGGAAGCUAGAGAAGGGAAAACUGGUUAAUGUUUGUGUAUGUGUGUUUUAAAAAGGUUUGACUCUGCUGCUGUAAAAUUUGGGUCAGGUUUCUGCAGUGACAGAGAUCUUGGAGUAGAAGUCUGGUUCUUUGGCGCAAGAAUUAUAAUAUCCCCAAUGGCACAGGAUAGCCAUGGAGCCCACACUGAUUGAUCUGUGCCCCUUUUGAAAACCAGUUUAUUCAGAAUUGCUUCUAAGGAUACUGUAAAUGUAGAAACAAAUAAAAGAAAGUAACUUCUCCAGUAACUUUUCUAUUAAUUUUCUAUUCCUCAGCACAGUCUCAAAUGAUCUUCAUUAUAACGUUGCUAUCCAAAAGUCAUAGUUUUCUGAAACCAGUGUAUAUGUGCAUAACUGUAUAUAAAUAAUACUCCUAAAUACUGUU